CAUUUCAACAUUCUUUCUCCCCCAAUUCUCCCACCCUCAAAAAACCCUUGCUUCUAUUUUUUGAUCGAUACACCAAACAAAUAUCGGCGAUCGUCGAUUAUUUUCUCUCUCUUAGGGUUAGGGUUUUUUGUGUUUUGUUCUUUUCGAUUGAUCGGAGAAGAUGUCUUUGAGGCCGAAUGCGAGGACUGAGGUCCGCCGUAGCAGGUACAAGGUAGCGGUUGAUGCGGAGGAGGGAAGGCGGCGUAGGGAGGAUAAUAUGGUUGAGAUUCGUAAGAAUCGUCGGGAAGAGAAUUUGCAGAAGAAGCGUCGUGAAGGUUUUCAAUCUGCUACUUCUCAGCAAUUGCCUUCUGCUGCUCCUUUUGACAAGAAGAUUGAAAGUCUGCCACAAAUGGUUGCUGGUGUUUGUUCAGAUGAUGGAAAUGCUCAACUUGAAGCUACUACUCAUUUCCGCAAGCUGCUUUCAAUAGAGCGUAACCCUCCCAUUGAAGAGGUUGUUCAAUCAGGAGUUGUUCCUCGUCUUGUUGAGUUUUUGGGCAGAGAUGAUUACCCACAGCUUCAGUUUGAGGCUGCUUGGGCCCUUACAAAUAUUGCGUCUGGCACAUCAGAUAACACCAAAGUUGUCAUUGAUCACGGUGCUGUUCCAGUUUUUGUGAAGCUUCUCGGUUCACCAAGUGAUGAUGUUCGUGAACAGGCUGUUUGGGCUUUGGGGAAUAUUGCUGGUGAUUCACCAAAAUGUCGGGAUUUGGUCCUUGCCCAUGGUGCCCUUAUGCCACUGAUGGCUCAAUUCAACGAGAAUGCCAAAUUAUCUAUGUUGCGAAAUGCUACAUGGACCUUGUCAAACUUCUGCAGAGGCAAGCCUCAACCAUCAUUUGACCAGACAAAGCCUGCUCUUCCCACUCUUGAGAGGCUUAUUCAUUCAAAUGACGAUGAAAUCCUUACGGAUGCUUGUUGGGCAUUGUCAUAUCUAUCUGAUGGUACCAAUGACAAGAUCCAAGCUGUUAUCGAAGCUGGUGUCUGCCCCAGACUUGUGGAGCUUUUACUUCAUGCUUCACCAUCUGUGCUCAUUCCUGCACUUCGUACUGUUGGAAAUAUUGUUACCGGUGAUGACAUGCAGACUCAGUGCAUUAUUGAUCAUCGGGCUCUUCCAUGUCUUCUCAACUUGCUGAACCAAACUUACAAGAAGAGUAUAAAGAAAGAAGCUUGUUGGACCAUUUCCAACAUCACUGCUGGAACUAAGGAGCAAAUACAGUUUGUUGUCGAUGCUGGUAUUAUUUCUCCUCUUGUCAAUCUUCUCCAAAAUGCUGAGUUUGAUAUCAAGAAGGAGGCUGCUUGGGCUAUUUCAAAUGCUACUUCUGGAGGAUCCCCUGAUCAAAUAAAAUAUUUGGUGAGCCAGGGAUGCAUCAAGCCACUGUGUGAUCUAUUAGUUUGCCCUGAUCCUAGGAUUGUCACUGUUUGCUUGGAAGGUCUUGAGAACAUAUUGAAGAUUGGGGAAGCUGAGAAGAAUCAGGGUACAACCGAAGGUGUGAAUAUUUAUGCUCAGAUGAUAGAGGAUGCUGAAGGUCUAGAUAAGAUAGAAAACCUGCAGAGUCAUGACAACAAUGAGAUUUAUGAGAAGUCAGUCAAGAUUCUUGAGACCUAUUGGAUUGAUGAUGAUGAUGAAGCACUGCCUUCUGCUGAGGGGGCUCAAAAUGGGUUCGAGUUUGGUGGAAAUGACCUAACUGUUCCACAGGGAGGAUUCAAGUUUGGUUAAAGGAUUCAGUUCAGUGGUUGAUUGAAGUCCCUAGUUUGAGGGUUGAUAUAUUGCGAGUAUAUCCAGAUUGUUGUCGGUCCAGUCCGGUCCAGUCCAGCCAACCAUUUUGAGGUGCUCGCUAAGCACUUCAACAUUUGUGGCGCACACUAUCGUCAAUGGGUCCUCUUGGAAGUUAUCUUUUGCAGUGUCCUGGUCAAAAGUCGAUUCAACACAAGCGGGUAGUCAUGCAGCUAUACACAUUAAGCGCAUUUUUUUUUUGGAGUCAAUUAUAUAUUUAGGCUGCAUAAUAAGGGUUUUCCAUCUCUAUUUACACUAUGGGUAUAUGAUGUAUUUGGUCUUUUAUCAGAUGGGAAGCCCUCUUCUUGAGGGCCUACCCUAAUUCAUGCUUAUCAAGGCAGAAAUAUUUGUCGAGUCUGUUUAGAAGUCCGGUUUUAGGUCAGUCAUAUAACGUCCAGUUUUGAGUUGUCUUGAUAAUAUUUCAAUUCUAUUAUUUGAUUGUUAAUAAUUCAAUUUUUGUUCCUGUCAAUAUAAGGACCAUAUUGUUGA